AUGAAACAGAAGAGAUUGAUACCGAUACACGGAACAACUGAUAACAUAUUCUCUGAAGUUCGUGACUCUUUUCGUCGGAAUUUCACAGAAGGAUGGGAAAAGGCUGGAGCUGCUUUUUGUGUUAUUCAUAAAGGAAAAGUUAUUGUGGAUCUAUGGGGCGGAUAUGCGGAUAGAGAGUGCUAUAAGGAAUGGAAAGAGGACACAAUUUCAACAAUUUUCAGUUGCACAAAAAGUGUAACAGCCAUCUGUUUUGCCAUUCUGGUUGAUAGAGGAGAGUUAGACUAUUCAGAUAAAGUGACAAAAUAUUGGCCAGAAUUUGGUCAAAAUGGGAAACAGGAUAUCACAGUGGAGAUGGUCCUUUCUCAUACUGCCGGUCUCCCAUACUUCCCGGGGGUUAAAUUCACAGAAGAAGAGCUUAUUGAUAAUAACAAGAUGUCAUACAUCAUUGAAAAUUUAAAAACAGUCUACGCUCCUGGAUCAAGAACAGCUUAUCAUGCUCUGACUUUUGGAUGGCUGACAGAUCAGAUUUUCCGAAGAGUUGACUCCGCCCAUCGGACUGUUGGCCAAUUUUUCAAAGAGGAAAUUGCUACUAAACAUUAUAUUGACAUUCAUAUCGGAGAAUGUUCAAACGAAGAAAAUCGGCUGGCUAGACUAUUCAAAUGUUCUCCAGCUCUUGUCAGUCGAGAAGUUGCUUACGAUCGUUCCAUUCUGAAACUAGCAAGAUACUUCUACAACCCACGUGGCUAUUUUGCCGCAGCUCGAAGGAAUCUAAGCCUCUAUGGAACGGAUUUCACAAUGUUCAACAAUAGUGACUUGAGAGCAGUUGGACAACCGGCAGUUAAUGGAAUUGGGUCAGCUAGAGCAAUGGCACAACUACAUCAAUUGGUCCUUGAUGGAACACUUCUAUCCAAGGAGACUUUUGAGAAAAUUAAACACCCAAGGAAUAUGACUGCAUUUGACCACAUGAUUGGAGAACCACAAAAUAAGGAACAUGGAUUCACUUAUUUCAAAUCUCCACUUCAAACUUGGCAAUUCGGACAUCCAGGAGUUGGAGGACAAAUGAUUCGAGCAGAUCCGGAUAACGAUUUGAUAGUUGCAUAUCUGACGAAUGGAAUGAAAACAGCAGGAUGUGAAGAUCAUGUUUUCACUUUCAAUCGUCUCCAACGAAAAGUUUAUGAAUGCCUGAAAAGGAUUCCGAAGUUUGAAUUUCGUAGUCUCAGGCUGUCUUGCAUUCAGAUUCUUUUUUCGGAAGGUCGAAAAUUCCAGUUUUUAAAAAUUCCAAAUUUCGGAACCUUCGGAAUUUCGCAAAUAGAAAUUUUUAAAAGCGCAAAAGAUCUAUUAAAAACUUUGUAA